UUUCUUCGUGCUAAUCUUAUCUUAUCCCUCUAAUCACUCUAGCUGUUGCAAAUUUCUACUAUUUUUCAAUGGCUUCUGCAGAUGUUGAGUUCCGUUGCUUUGUUGGUGGGCUUGCUUGGGUCACCGGCAACGAUGCCCUCGAGAAAGCCUUUUCAAUCUACGGCGACAUCGUUGAAUCGAAGGUUAUCAACGACCGUGAGACUGGAAGGUCCAGAGGAUUCGGAUUUGUGACCUUCGCCUCAGAGCAGUCAAUGAAAGAUGCGAUCGCAGGAAUGAACGGCCAGGACCUUGACGGCCGUAACAUCACUGUCAACGAAGCUCAGACCCGCGCCAGCCGUGGUGGUGGUGGAGGCGGUGGUUUCGGAAGUGGUGGUGGAUACAACCGCGGUAGCGGUGGAUAUGGUGGUGGUGGUGGCGGCGGCGGAUACGGUGGUCGUCGUGAAGGUGGAUACAACCGUAAUGGUGGGGGUGGAGGUGGAGGAUACGGCGGUGGUAGAGACCGUGGUUACGGUGGUGAUGGUGGUUCUCGCUACUCUCGCGGUGGGGAAGGCGGUGGAUCCGAUGGAAACUGGAGAAAUUAGGCAUAUGACCCUGUAAAUUAGGGUUUAUGAUUAAGUUCAAUUAUUUUAAGGUGUUGUCUGUGUGUGGUUUAAGUUUCGGUAUCUGUGUUGGUUUCGUUUCGUGUUCCUGUGGUUUUCGUUUUUGACCUACAAUUCUAGUUGUGUUUAUAGUCGAUCGAAUGAAAUGAUAGUAAGAAAUUAUCGCAUCAAAUUUCUAUGGA